UCAUUAAGCGGAUUAAUUUAUGAACUUUUAUGAUUACAUAAAGUAUCUUUCAUGUUAGACUUUCGACUUUCCCCCAGUAGUUACACUUGAUCUGUAAAGUGCAUGAUCAACGAGAAAUAAAUAGUUGCAAAUUCUAUUCAACUUUCUUACAAAGUAUCUAUUCGAUGUUUCGAUCAAAAUUGUUUGUGAACAUAAUUAAGAGUAGGAAUAAUAAGUUUCACAUGUUUUUGAACAAAAAUAAUGAUCAAUUACGGCACGUGUCAUUAUCAUAGGUUUAGGUGAAUGUAAUGAACUUUCCACAAUUAAUUUAUAAACCUUCUUACAUUUAGACAGUACAUUUUCGGUGUAAUGUAAUAAUUUUGCAAACUCAUUUACUUAGUCAAUGAUAAAGUCGAAAUACAGCUGUACCGACGUAACGCGACAGUGUUCGCGCAUGCGCACUGGAGCUCGGGCAAAAGUGAUACGACAAAACCCAUGGGAAGAAUAGGAAAGACAGAGGACGACAAUGCUCGGAAGAGGAAGGUGUAAACUGAACGAUACUAUCGUCAUACGCUCGCAAACAAGUGUUGCCGAAGUGAUUUGACCUUCUUCGUAGUAACCUUAACUUAUUAAGGAUGCUUACUACGAGCAACAAUAGAAGAAGAUCCGUUCGAGUCGUAACCUGCUCUUGAGAUAUCGGUAACUCUGAACAGUAAGCAGCCCUGCAACGAUAAGAAAGAACGUAUUCGAACGGCGGUGCGACGGAGAAAAUGUCGUGUUCGAACGAGCUGUCCCGUUCACAGGAAUAUCUAAGCUUUCGUAGUUCUGUCCCGCUCAGGAAGAUUGUCGUCGACGCCGAUGGCACCAAGGGAUGGAAAGUGUACGACUCUAGUCCAAAAACCAUCAAGUGUCCGCUCAUAUGUCUUCCGCCGGUCAGUGGAACGGCCGAUGUGUUUUUUAAACAGGUGUUGGGUUUGGCAGCCAAAGGAUACAGAAUCAUAUCAGCCGAGUCGCCCGUGUAUUGGAACGUGAAGGAGUGGUGCGAUGGAUUCAGGAAACUGCUGGACUACAUGGAGUUAGAUAAGGUGCACAUUUUUGGCGCCUCAUUAGCUUUUGGAUACUGCCGUCGUUGGUAUUGAAAAAGAUGCUAAUGGGAAAUUUUGUGACGGACAAAGUCGACGGAGAGAUCGUAGAAGCGAUUGAUUUUAUGGUAGAAAGAUUGGAAAGUUUGACACAACCGGAGUUGGCUUCUCGAUUAACGAUGAAUUGCGUCAAUUGUUACGUCCAGCCGCAGAAAGUAUGCCACUUGCCCAUCACGAUUAUAGACGUUUUCGACGAGUAUGCGUUGUCGAAUUCAGUGAGAGAGGAAGUAUACAAAUGUUAUCCGAAUGCCAAAUUGGCCCAUUUGAAAAGCGGCGGCAAUUUCCCGUAUUUAAGUCGGGCGGCCGAAGUAAAUUUACAUUUACAGAUUCAUUUGAGGCAGUUUGAGGGUACCGAAUACGCUGCUUCUGAAAGAAGGAAGUUUUAACGCGGCUAAAAUCCGAUUGUAAACAAACGUUAUCAUAUCAACACUCAUGUAGGAUAUUCUACUUGUUUCACCGAUCAGCCUGAUUUACACGUUGUCAGUAAUGCAUACGUAUUAAUACGUGUGAUUAUAAUAAAAGUCUUGAAACGUUUCUCAAAUAUAUUCGCCAUAACAAAUAUGCCUAAGUAUUAUAUAUAUAUAUAUGUGUGUCUAUAUAUAUAUAUAUACACAUACAUAUGGCUAUUGGUAUUGUAAAACUCGUUAUUCUAUUUUUAUCGUAAUGUUUGGAGAUGUUUGUUAUAUUUUCUUCAGGCGGGCAUUUAUUGAUCACAGAUCCAUUUGUUUCGAAGAUGACUUUGAAGUACUCGAACACACAUUCUACAUUGUUCUGUAUUUAAACGAUACCACAUAGGAUAUAACAAUUUUCAUAGAGAAAAAAAAAGUGAAAAAGUGUUCGUUAUAUAUUAUAUUUAUAAUAAUAUAAAUAUACUCAAUUAGACAUACAAUAAUGUAGUUGAAAAAAGGGAAGAAAUCGAUUCUGAGAGUAUAAAUUGAUACGUGUAUCACGUUGAAUCGAUAUAUCCAGUCAUCAAAAUUUCUGUAAGUUUAUUCGAAAUAAAUAUAAUUUUGUAAAAAA